UCCCGGCUGCAAAGAGCGACGAGGAAAGGGAGGGAUGCUCUCUGCACGAGCGACGCUGAACGCCCAGGGGUUUUAGUUGGGUGAACGUGAGCGAUACACAUUCCCUGUCUUGUCGGCGGAAGAAAGCGUGGGGCGUGCGCAAUCGAAUGAUUUCGCGACCGUCUUUCUCACGCAAGGGCUGAGCGGCUGCAGGUGUGACGUGCAUACAAAGGAAGAGCCGGAGAGGAUGGUGUAAGCUUUCCAAUUCAAGUGUAGUUGCUUGAUUCAAAUGCAGUCGUCCAUGUCCCAACUUCAGCUCCAGAGAGCCCUCCGUGUUAGUGCUGCUCUGCCCAGUGUCUCUAUCUAUCUCUCUCUCUCUCUCUCUCUCUCUCUCUCUCUCUCUAUCUUGAUCUGUGAGUAAAAGAAGAAGAUGAGCAGUUCUCCCACUCCUAAAGGCACCCCGGGUCAUCAUAGCCCGGACGAUGGUGAACCUGUAGCCAUGGAGACAGUUCAGUCACCCCAGCAGUCUACACCGAUCAGCAGCUCCAAGAACCGCAUCUCCUGCCUCCUGCAGAGCCCUUCGUUCCGGGAGGACCUGGAUGUUCUGAUUCAGGAGCAGCUGAGGAAGGGAGGAAGCUCCUCCAGUCUCUGGGCCCUGCGGCAGAUCGCUGACUUCAUGGCCACUCAGGGGUCCCCUGCAGCUCUGCCUGUGACACCAUCCACGAUGACCAUGGUUACGCCCAUAAAUGACCUACAUGGCUGGGAGCCAGUCUCCAUGGUGAAGGGCGAGCGGCUGAUGCGCUGUAAACUUGCGAGUCUUCACCGCCUGCUGGAUCUGUACGGCUGGGCCCAGCUGCCCCGGACCAGCCUCACGCUGCGUAUCAGUAAAGAACAGGAGCAUUUCCUGGUUCUGCCCGAUGGACUGUCCUAUGGAGAGGUUACUGCCUCCAGCCUGGUAAAGGUGAAUAUCCUGGGGGAGCUGGUGGAGAAAGGAAGCACCACCCUGGGAGUGGAUGUAGCUGCGUUCAGCCUCCACUCAGCCAUCUACUCUGCUCGGCCCGACACACGCUGUCUGCUGCACCUCCACACGCCCGCUACAGCUGCCGUGUCCGCCAUGAAGUGCGGCCUUCUUCCGCUAUCCCAUGAGGCCUUGCUGGUGGGGGAUGUGGCGUAUUAUGACUAUAACGGUGUGAUGGAAGAGGAACAGGACAGAGUGGAACUGCAAAAAAGCCUGGGACCCACAUGCAAGGUUCUGGUUCUGAGGAACCACGGUAUCGUGGCUCUGGGUGACUCUGUGGAGGAAGCCUUCUACACCAUCUACCACGUCCAGGCUGCCUGCCAGAUCCAGGUGUCAGCCCUGUGCUGCACGGGAGGUGAACAGAACCUCAUCCUUCUGGAUCGGCGUACGCAUAGACCCAACCCGACCGGCACGGUGGGCUGGGCCGGCUCCACGUUUGGACCCAUGCAGAAGAAUCGCCUCGGGGAGCAGGAAUUUGAAGCGCUCAUGAGGACCCUUGACAACCUGGGUUACCGCACCGGCUACGCCUACCGCUUUCCCGUCCUGCUGGAACGUUCCAGAACCCGCAGAGAGGUGGAGGUGCCUGCCACCGUCACUUCCUUCAGCUUGGAGGGUGAAGGGGGCCGCCCUCACGCGCGUCUCCAGCCCCAUGCCCACAAACAGCAGCUGGAGAAGACCAGGUGGCUUAACACCCCCAACAUUUACCAGAAGGUCAACCAGGAGAGGGCCAGUGCAGGCCAUGGCACCACGUGGCUCAGGACGGAUGAGGCGAUCCAGACCAGUGGAACGGCGAUUAAGAUAGAAAACCCAAACCAGUUUGUGCCCCUCUUCACCGACCCACAGGAAGUGCUGGACACUAGAAAUAAGAUUCGAGAGCAGAAUCGUCAAGACAUGAAGACAGCAGGACCCCAGUCACAGUUAUUAGCCAGCGUCAUCACAGACAACAGCCCACCGUCCCCUGAAAAGGUGGCGCUCCCUUCAACCCCCGAACCGGAACCGCCGAACCCGUUUAACGAGCUAACAGAGCAGGAGCUGGAGGAGUACCACAAAGAGGUCCAGCGCAAACAGCUUUGCCUGGACGGUGGGGAGGAGACGCUGAAUGAUGUAGGAACACCCCCUGCGUCCUCCCCCAACGAGCCACCUGUCCCAGAUGAGAAAACCUCGGAUGCUGUGCCGAAUGGGAAAGAGGAGAACGAGAAGCAGGAGGAGGAGCUAGAAAAAGGAUUGAAGGCUCUGUCCACCAACGACGUGUCAGAAAGCUCGCCGCAGGCCCCGCCCACUGCCCCACCCACCAAGCCUGCGGGCACCACCCCUGAGGGAUCUCCGUCCAAGUCCCCUUCCAAGAAGAAGAAGAAGUUCAAAGCGCCUUCGUUUCUGAAGAAGAGCAAGAAGCAGAAGGAGAAGGCUGAGACUUGAACUCCCCCAGUGGCGCGGUUCCUCACACAGACAGUUCUACAGUACACCACAUAAACACCUGACAUGCCAGUCAGAAACCCUCGGCUAGCAACGUGGCACUCACACUCAAACUCACUGUGUACCACCCUGUUUGUCCUGUCACACUGUAUGAAUGUCUCUUUGGGUUACUGUUCUGUGACAUGAAACUAAUGAAACUAAUUUUCAUUUCAUUGUCUGACGACAAUCUGACUUAAACUUACUGAUACAGGCAGAUAUUAAUCUCCAAAUCAGCUCUUGAUUGCCCACCUCAGCUUUUAAAAUGUUACUGCACUUAGUACAAGCAUAUAAACAAGACUGGCAUUAAUGAAGCGCUGACUGUUUUCUGUUCUUAAUUACUGACUGAUGGUCAUGCUUGUUAGGAAGUGUAUCAGUGUGGUGUCUACUGACUGAAACCUGGCUUGUGGCUCGUGCAGCACAUGAGCUGAGUUCUUGGUUAUGAAUAGAAUAGCAGAACAGGAAAAUAUCGAAAUGGUCAAAUAUCAGCUUUAAAAAAACAAACAACAAAUGAGACAGAUCCUGGUUUGUUUAUGCAAUGAAACCUGAUUUUUAAAAAGCACUAAAAUAUUCCUCUCCUAAUUUUGAUUUUGUAUAAGCAAUGAGAGAAUUCUUUGCCGUGGUAAUUAUUUUUAUGAUCACUGACUCGUUUAAAAUGCUUUUAUGUGCAUAUCUGCUGGUUUUCGAUUUAGCAUUCAUGUCAUGUUAGAAUGUAAAGUGAUCAGUGCUAGGUUGUACCAAUCAUUAAAAUUAAUUUAAAAGAA